UUCUCUCUCCUCGCACACAUACAGCAUACAUGCUCGCUCUUCCUCCUCUUGGGUCCGUCCCCUCCCCUUGCUCUGAGUCUGAUCCCUCGCUCCUUCCGUCAGCCCCCCAUCUCUAGGGUUUUAGCGCCCCAUUUCCGCAUCGCCAUUCCCGAUCGGAUCGCCCCCUUCUCAUCCGCCGCCGAGCAGAUCCCGGCGCGAGCCACCCAACCCUCCGGCGCCGCCACCCUUCGUCUCAGAGGGUCGGUCUCCACCGAAAGCCUCGCCACAAAUCCCCUCCGUUUCUCGCUCCGGCCAUUUGUUGCAAAGAUUGUGUUUUUUCCCCUCAUCCAUGCCUCGCGUUCCAUUCCAUCCGUCUCCACAAAUCCCACCGCUUUCUUGAGAUCUCUCGUUCCUCGAUCUGAUCUCGCCUCGUCCCGCCACCACAAGCAACUGCGGUUUUGUGCGAGAGUUCCUUGGGGGAGGGCAAGAUCCUCAGAGUUAGAGAUUCUUGCGUCCAUUUGCUCGCUCCAAUACCUUUCGGGAGCAUCUGAUCUCCAACAGUGAGACAAAGUAGCCACCUUUGUGCCGUUCCUUGCAACUAGGCUUGCCCCCGCCUGCGCAUCGGUGGGUGGCGGCGCUGCCCAUUCCUAUGAAUGGACGGGAGGGAGUCCACGGUGACGUCGGGGCCCAACUUCUCCUCGUUCUACGCGCAGCACCGGGGCAUCGGGGCGCCGGGUGUCCCCGGCCACUCGUCGGGGCUCCACGGCCCGCCGCCUGGUGGGUACAGGCAGCAUCUUGAUGCUGUCUCUGCGGGGUACGCAUUCCAGACCCCGCAUGUUGGGGGUCCCCACAUUGGGCAGGGGUACCACCAUGUCGAGGCCUCACAUCAUGUGGCGCAGCACAGUGCCGGUGGCGGCUCCAGCUCCGGCGGCGGUGGUAUGGACAUUGGCAUGGGUGUGGCCGUGAGCGCAGAUGUUAAGGGGGAUCAGGGGAGUGGGCCUGGCCAGGAUGAGCAGGUGAAGAAGAAGCGGGGUAGGCCAAGGAAGUAUAAGCCUGAUGGGGCGGUGACUCUCGGGUUAUCACCCUCUUCGUCAUCGACGCCUCACUCGUCCAGCCCGGGGAUGGGAACCAUGGUUUGCACUCCAGGUUCUGGAUUUGGGUCGGGGGCAUCAGGGGGUUCAGGUUCAGGUGCGCCAUCAGAGAAACGUGGCAGGGGGCGGCCACCUGGCUCUGGAAAGAUGCAACAGUUGGCUUCGCUUGGAAAGUGGUUUCUUGGCUCUGUUGGAACAGGUUUUACUCCUCAUGUGAUUAUUAUUCAACCAGGAGAGGACGUUGCUGCCAGAAUAAUGGCCUUCUCACAACAAGGCCCAAGGGCAGUGUGCAUCAUUUCAGCAACUGGAGCUGUUUCAACAGCAACCCUUCACCAGGAUUCAGACUCUGGGGGUGUGGUUACAUACGAGGGUCGAUUUGAGAUCUUGUGCCUUUCUGGGUCGUACUUGGUGCUAGAUGAUGGUGGCACACGGACCCGAAGUGGAGGGCUUUGCAUAGCUUUGUGUGGUCCUGACCACAGGGUUAUUGGUGGGAGUGUAGGUGGAGUCCUGACAGCAGCUGGAACAGUUCAGGUGAUAGUGGGGAGCUUCAUGUACGGAGGUUCGAAGAAGAACAAGGCGAAAGCUGAGGCGGACAUCGAGCCCGAGGAGGCGAACGCCGGUGACGAAGAGGUGGCCCCUGCGAUGGCACUCGCGGACCACAGCAGCAUGGCCCCUCCUCCUGAGAUGAGCGGCGGGUGGGCAUCGGGCAUGAUGAGGCAGAUAGACUCGAGAACUCCCAACAUCGAUAUCAACUCGAUCCGCGAGUAGUAGGGAAGUGGUGGUUGCAUCUGGUUGGUCGGGUUGGGUGGAUAAGGCUCCUUGACAUGGAACGAAGUGGAAUCCUCCUCCUUGGACACACAGCAUGCAUGUACUAACAACUCUGUUGUAGGCGUUGCUGUGGUUUAGGAAACUCUGAACUCCGAGUAUAUCGUAUAUGGUAUUAUUGUGAUGUGAUGUUGUACUUGGGAUGUUGUUGUAUGAGAUAAUGGGAGAUGCUUUGCCACCUAACGAUGGUGUUAUGUUAAAUAUAUAGUAUGUGGUAUAUGCUACUAUUGGAAGAAAA